CCUAAGAAUACCACCACCACCUUUCCCUUCUUUUAUAUUCAUGCAUUUGCCUUCACUUUCUCAUCUCCAAGCCACGAUCUAAUCUUCCACUCAUUGCAUGUCCUUCUCGUGUUGACUUUCUGCUGCUUCCACAAUGCCUCUUACCUUGACUUGCAGCUCUCUGCAUCCCUCAAUGCCAGUUUUCUCAAGAACUCUUUUCUCAAUUCCUGUGUGCCAAGAGUUUUCACUACCUUGUGCCAGUUAUGGAAGCAGAACAGUAAAACAAUGGAAGAAGCUGAUUCCAAUCAAAGCAACAGUGGCGGAGGCACCCCCUGAUGUUUGGAAAAGUGUGGCUGGAAAUGGAGGGGAUGGUGUCCCUCAGAAGAAGAAGAAGCUUAGGGUGCUUGUGGCUGGUGGAGGGAUUGGGGGGUUGGUAUUUGCUUUGGCUGCCAAGAGAAAAGGGUUCGAAGUGGUGGUGUUUGAGAAGGAUAUGAGUGCUAUAAGAGGGGAGGGGCAGUAUAGGGGUCCGAUUCAGAUACAGAGCAAUGCUUUGGCUGCUUUGGAAGCUAUAGAUUUUGAGGCUGCGGAAGAAGUUUUGAGAGUUGGUUGUAUCACAGGUGAUAGGAUCAAUGGGCUAGUGGAUGGGGUUUCUGGCUCUUGGUACAUCAAGUUUGAUACAUUCACUCCUGCAGCAGAGCGUGGGCUUCCAGUCACUAGAGUUAUUAGUCGAAUGGCUUUACAAGAAAUCCUUGCUCGUGCAGUUGGGGAAGAUUCCAUUAUGAAUGAAAGUAAUGUUGUUGAUUUUGUUGAUCAUGGAGACAAGGUAACUGUGGAGCUGGAGAAUGGUCAGAAAUAUGAUGGAGAUCUCUUGGUUGGAGCAGAUGGGAUAUGGUCCAAGGUGAGGACUAAGUUAUUUGGUGAAACAGAAGCUACUUACUCUGGCUAUACUUGUUACACUGGUGUUGCAGAUUUUGUGCCUGCUGACAUUGAUUCUGUUGGGUACCGAGUAUUCCUAGGACAUAAGCAAUACUUUGUAUCUUCGGAUGUUGGUGCUGGAAAGACGCAAUGGUAUGCAUUUCAUCAAGAACCAGCUGGUGGAUCUGAUAUCCCCAAUGGAAAAAAGGAAAGGUUAUUUAAGAUGUUUGAGGGUUGGUGUGAUAACGUAAUUGAUGUACUAGUUGCCACAGAAGAAGAGGCGAUUCUUAGAAGAGACAUAUAUGACAGGACCCCAACAUUUACAUGGGGAAAGGGCCGUGUCACCUUGCUUGGUGAUUCUAUCCAUGCUAUGCAGCCAAAUAUGGGCCAAGGAGGAUGCAUGGCUAUUGAGGACAGUUAUCAACUUGCAUUGGAAUUAGACAAUGCAUGGGAAAAAAGUACCAAAUCAGGCUCUCCACUUGAUAUUGAUUCUUCCUUAAAAAGCUAUGAAAGAGAAAGAAGAUUAAGAGUUGCCAUUGUUCAUGGAAUGGCUAGAAUGGCAGCUUUGAUGGCUUCCACCUACAGGGCAUAUCUUGGUGUUGGUCUUGGACCAUUAGAGUUUUUGACCAAGUUUCGGAUACCGCAUCCUGGAAGAGUUGGAGGAAGGUUUUUGAUCGGCAAGGUGAUGCCUUUGAUGUUGAACUGGGUCUUAGGUGGCAAUAGCUCCAAGCUUGAAGGUAGACCGAUAUGUUGCAGGCUCUCAGACAAAGCAAACGACCAGUUACAAACAUGGUUUGAAGACAACGAUGCACUUGAGCGUGCCAUUAACGGAGAGUGGAUUUUAUUACCAUGUGAUGAAGCAGGCUGUAUAAAACCUAUAUCUCUAAGUCAAGAUGAGAUGAAACCAUGCAUAAUCGGGAGUUCACAGCAUAAAGAUCAUCCGGGCAGUUCAAUCAUAAUACCUUUACCCAAGGUUUCUCCAUUGCAUGCAAUAAUUAACUAUAAGGAUGGUGCCUUCUUCUUGACUGAUUUGAGGAGUCUAUAUGGCACCUGGAUCACUGACAAUGAAGGAAGGCGAUACAGGAUACAUUCAAAUUAUCCUUCUCGUGUUCGUCCAUCUGAUGUGAUUGAGUUUGGUUCUGAUAAGGCUUCUUUUCGUGUUAAGGUGACAAGAUCUGCUCCAAGAGAAUCAGAAAAGGAAGGAACAAAACUUUAUCAGAAAGAAUGAUCAUGAAUAUGUUCAGUCACCAUUUGUCUUUGAAAGUUACAGAAAAGUUGUACAGCACAAAAAUCGCAGUCGUAGAGCCAACAUCUGCAUUCUUUAGGGCAGGGUAUAAUACAACAAUGCCAAUCAUUUAUGAUUUGAACAUUUUAUACGACUUUUGAUGGUGCUUAAUAAGAGAAUGAAAGGAAAUUCGAUUUCUUGUC